CGUUGUGUCACGCGGGGCAGGGACGUUCCGGAAUUGGGUGGUGGAAGCGGGGUUCCGUAAGACCCGGACUAGAAGUCAUAUUGGUGGUUGCUUUUGAGCCCGACACUUAUGCAAGAUACAACUAGCUUUUCCUGAUACCCAUCAUCAGACUUUGCCGGAUGCCGCCCGCGCCCAUCGCGUCCUGCUCGGCCGAGCCGCGACCGCGCACCGACAGCGACACGCAGACGGAGCCGGCGCCGGCCGGCCGCAAGGCCAACGGCGCGCCGCCCUCGCCGCCGGCCAUGGCCGACCGGGAAACGGCUGAGCCCGAGGGCGAGGCGCCGGCGCCGGCCUGCGGCGGCCACGCGCUCGCCGCCGGCUGCCUGCUGUCGCGCGUGCCGCUGCUGGGCGCGCUGGUGCACCACCGCUGUACAGACAAGGCGACGCAGACGCACCGCGAUCCGGUGCAGGCCGAGGCCGAGAAGCUGGCGCUCGACACCGUCUACUAUGCCAUCGGCAAGCACCGGCAGCCGACGACCGACCGCGUCUGCCAGACGCUGCGCCGCUGCGUCGAUGAGAUCUUGGUGAAGCACCGUCUCCUGUUCAGCGGCAUGGUAGGCCGGCUGCAGAUCCGCGAGGAGACCGGCUACCAGACGUUCGUGGGCGUGGCCGACGAGCUGUUCGAACGCGGCCACGUCACCUGGGCUCGCAUCGUCACAUUCUACGCGUUUGGCGCGCGCCUGGCGCUCUAUUGCCAGGAGAAGCAGAUGGAGGACUUUGUGGCCGAGAUCGCGCGCUUCAUGAGCCUGUACGCUUCUGAGCACCUGACUGGCUUCGUGCGACAGGAGGGCGGCUGGGUGGUGCUGUGUGAACAUUUCCGCUACCCGGAGGACAUGGAAAGCAAAGUGUGGAGCGCGCUCGUCAAGCUGGGCGUCGGGCUGGGCAUCGCCGCUACGGCGUCGCUCAUUUCGUCACGCUGAAGCACCAGCAGCGCACAUCCCCACACACAACAAUGCUGGAGGACCAAGCGGGCGGCCGGCGUGCCCGGCGCCCGAGGCGGGCCGCACUGGCACGGUGGUUUUAUCUGUGCGACUUCAUUGUACAAAGCGCGGGCGAGAAGGUGGCUCGUGGCGCGCGUGGGCGACAUGCUCGGCGGCAGAGGGUGGUCCGAGGUCACGCUGUGACCUCGGGCCUGUCGGCCGCGGUGGCGGCCGGGGCGCGGCUCGGCGGCGCGGCCGGCUGUAGCGCGUAGUGCGGUAGUCUAGUCAGGAGGCCGGCGAGGCGGGCUCCCCUCCGCCCGCCGCGGCUGUCUUCCAUGGAGCCCGGCUGCCGCUAGCACUACGCCCCGCCACCGUCGCGCUGGCAAUCUCGUAACGCGACCUCGUCAGUGUCCAGCCUUUUCGCAUUCUGCCAUAGCGUUGCUGUGUGUACCGCGCCCAAGCGCCCCUUGCGUCAGUGGUGCCGCGCAUAGCACAGACUGUGCGCCCCUCCGCUGGAAAUAGACCCAGAGCCUAUUCAAGCCGGCGCUGUGUGCCACUCAGGCGUGGACCAGAUGGCCGUCUCGACUUGUGCAGGGUGCGUGCGCGCCCAUUAUUUAUUGAGCCUGGUGGUCGCGCCUGGCUGCAUUCGCUUCGCUCACAGUAGUCGAACUGACACACGGCGAUCCGAUUGGUUCAGUUUAUUUUUGUAUUAAUUGCCCUUAAUAGUCGAAAUACACUCAAUCAAUGGUGUUGUC